AUGGUUUCACAAAAGUUCAAGGAUUUUCAAAGCAUCUAUGAAGAGAUGGUGGACGAUAUUAACAAUGCUAAGGCUUCCUUGGAUCCCGUCUCGCAGCACAGAAGUGAUAAUGCAAGGGAACUGCAGCAUCACCUGUGGUACACAGCCCUGGACUGUGAGACUGAAAAAGCUAUUACACGCCUGGUCGACUUCAUGCAGGCAUUAGCUGAGCUUCCGAAAAGGACGGUGAUUGAUAGGGGAUUGGCAGGUCCCUCAUUGUAUACAGUUUGGAAGACAGACUUCAUUCACGUCCAGAUGAUUUAUGAGGACAUGUAUGGACUUAUGGAAGAUAUCGAAGAGGGCGACGAGGAAGAGAAGAAAGAAGGACUCAACGCCAUGAUCUAUAUAGCACAACUGACCGGACGACGCCUCCCAACGGCCCGGUCCAACGGCGACGCCGACAGGGACGCCAUAAGACCCGAUAUGUCCAUCGCUAUUGCGCGCGUGUUCAUAUGCCAUGCAGGAGUCACGAUCUACAGCUAUCCCUAUCUCCAAAAUACCUUCUACGUGCCGCGAAUGAAGGAGGGAUCUAGAAAUCCCUGGGAAAAACGGCAGGGCCCUGGUCCGUUAUACCGCGAGGCAGGAGGGAAGCCAGGCUACAGUAUGGAGCGUUGGAACCUCUGGAAGCGGCGGAUUGUUGAGUUAGGUGUGCUGGCAUUCCAAAGUAUCAAACCAUCGCUGUUGAGACAGUCGCCAGGAUGA